GGAGAGCCGGGCCGGGCCGGGCCAAGGCGAGCGGCGGUGGUGGCGGCCUGGCUGUGCGGCGAGCGGGCAGCGGCGGGGCGGAGCGGAGCCGGAGCGGGGCCCUGUGCGGGGCAUGCAGGGCUGCACGUGGAGCUACCAGAGCGAGGCACCCCAGAGAGCCACCAUGCCUGCGCGUCUGCCCAGACCCACACCGAGGCCUCCUGCCGCCCCCUCACCCCACUGAGGCCAUGGGAUUUCAGCUGGGAACGGGGACUCUCAGCACGUUUGCCAUGGUGACAUGAAGCGGACAGCGAGGGACGCUGGACUGCUGGAGGGGAGAAACCCUGUGUGCGCACAGGCACCCUGCUAGGAUUUUAAUUUAUUAUCAGUAGCAUUAUUCCAGUUUAUUUUCCCUUUUUUUUUGUGGUGGUGUUCGUUUCUUCCCCUCCCCUGGGGCUCGAGAGGGCAGGGGAGGGGGCCCUUACUUGCCUGUGGAUGCAAGGAUGACUGUGUUGGCAAGGGCCCGGAGGGGUAUCCGACAGAUAUCUCCCCAGGUCGUGCUGCUCCUGCUCUUCGCAUUCUGCCUGCUCAGUGUUUUUGUCUCAGCAUAUUAUUUAUAUGGGUGGAAAAGGGGCUUGGAGCCCUCUGGAGAUGUGCCAGGGCCAGACUGUGAUGAACCCAAGGUUGCCCCUUCCCGUUUGCUCCCACUGAAGGCUCUCAAAGUGGCCGAUUCCUCCCGCACAGACCCAUUGGUGCUGGUGUUUGUGGAGAGCCUCUACUCCCAGCUGGGUCAGGAGAUUGUGGCCAUUCUGGAGUCAAGCCGCUUUAAGUACAGGACAGAGAUUGCCCCAGGAAAGGGGGACAUGCCCACAUUGACUGACAAAGACCGGGGACGCUUUGCACUCAUCAUUUAUGAGAACAUCCUCAAGUACGUCAACCUGGAUGCCUGGAAUCGGGAGCUGCUGGACAAGUACUGCGUGGAAUAUGGCGUGGGCAUCAUUGGCUUCUUCAAGGCCAAUGAGAACAGUCUGCUGAGCGCACAGCUGAAGGGCUUCCCCCUCUUCCUUCACUCCAACCUGGCACUGAAGGACUGCAGCAUCAACCCCAAGUCACCCCUCCUGUAUAUCACCCGGCCCAGCGAGGUGGAGAAGGGUGUUCUCCCUGGUGAGGACUGGACCGUUUUCCAGUCCAACCACUCCACCUAUGAGCCUGUCCUGCUGGCCAAGACCAAGUCAGCCGAGUCAAUCCCACAUAUGAGUGUGGAUGCGGCGCUGCACACCACGGUGAUGCAGGACCUGGGCCUCCAUGAUGGCAUCCAGAGGGUGCUUUUUGGCAACAACCUCAACUUCUGGCUGCACAAGCUGGUCUUCGUGGACGCUGUCUCCUUUCUGACAGGGAAGAGGCUCUCCCUGCCCCUCGAUCGUUACAUCUUGGUGGACAUUGAUGAUAUAUUUGUGGGCAAAGAAGGCACUCGCAUGAAGGUGGAAGAUGUCAAGGCGCUGUUUGACACACAGAAUGAGCUGCGUACUCACAUCCCGAAUUUCACUUUCAACCUGGGAUACUCAGGGAAAUUCUUCCACACAGGUACCGAUGCCGAGGAUGAAGGUGAUGAUCUGCUGCUGUCCUAUGUGAAGGAGUUCUGGUGGUUCCCACACAUGUGGAGCCACAUGCAGCCUCACCUCUUCCACAACCAGUCGGUUCUUGCUGAGCAGAUGACCUUAAACAAGAAAUUCGCUGUCGAGCACGGCAUCCCCACUGACAUGGGGUAUGCAGUGGCCCCCCACCACUCGGGUGUCUACCCUGUCCAUGUGCAGUUGUAUGAAGCUUGGAAGCAAGUUUGGUCAAUCAAAGUCACGAGCACAGAAGAAUACCCACACCUGAAGCCUGCACGGUAUAGACGUGGCUUCAUCCACAACGGCAUCAUGGUUCUCCCCCGGCAAACCUGUGGGCUCUUCACACACACCAUCUUCUACAACGAAUACCCUGGUGGCUCCAGUGAGCUGGACAAGAUCAUCAAUGGAGGCGAACUGUUCCUGACGGUGCUCCUUAACCCUAUCAGCAUCUUCAUGACCCAUUUGUCCAAUUACGGCAAUGACCGCCUGGGUUUGUACACCUUCAAACACCUGGUCCGCUUCCUCAACUCCUGGACAAACCUGAAGCUGCAGACAUUGCCGCCUGUGCAGCUGGCACAGAAAUACUUCCAGAUCUUCUCCGAGGAGAAGGACCCUCUGUGGCAGGAUCCCUGUGAAGACAAGCGUCACAAAGACAUUUGGUCCAAAGAAAAGACCUGUGACCGAUUCCCAAAGCUCCUCAUCAUUGGGCCUCAAAAAACAGGAACAACUGCCCUUUAUCUCUUCUUGGGGAUGCACCCGGACCUGAGCAGCAACUACCCCAGCUCAGAGACCUUUGAGGAGAUACAGUUCUUCAACGGACACAACUAUCACAAGGGCAUAGACUGGUACAUGGAUUUCUUCCCCACUCCUUCCAAUACCACCACUGACUUCUUUGAGAAAAGUGCCAACUAUUUUGACUCAGAAGUGGCUCCCCGGCGAGCUGCAGCCCUGCUCUCUAAGGCCAAAGUCAUCACAAUCCUCAUCAACCCUGCAGACCGAGCCUACUCCUGGUAUCAGCAUCAACGAGCCCACGACGACCCGGUUGCCCUGAAAUAUACCUUCCAUGAGGUGAUCACAGCUGGGCCUGAGGCUGCUGCAAAGCUGCGGACCCUGCAGAACCGCUGCCUGGUACCAGGCUGGUAUGCCGCCCACAUCGAGCGCUGGCUGAACAGCUACCAUGCCAACCAGAUUCUCGUCCUGGACGGCAAACUGCUCCGAACAGAACCUGCCAAAGUGAUGGAAACGGUCCAGAAAUUCCUAGGUGUGACCAACUUCAUCGAUUACCACAAAACCCUGGCGUUUGACCCAAAGAAAGGAUUCUGGUGCCAGCUUCUAGAAGGAGGCAAAACCAAAUGCUUGGGGAAGAGCAAAGGGAGGAAAUACCCUGAGAUGGAUUCAGAUUCACGAGCCUUCCUGCGGGACUAUUACAGGGACCAUAACAUCGAGCUCUCCAAGCUCCUGUACAAAAUGGGGCAGACGCUGCCCACCUGGCUACGGGAGGAGCUGCAGAGCACCAGACCCUAAGUGCCCUGGGCUGUGAGCAGCGUUGGAGCCAUUCUGAACCUCCUCAGCAGGUGAUGGGGGAGCAGCUUUGGGUGCACUGGAGGUGACUUGUACAGAGCUGUAGCAAAAGAAAGAAGCUGGUGGAGAACCAGUGCACCAAGUGACCCAGACCUCGUCCUGCCACCCAGCCCAGCAGCAGGAAGUGGGAGUUUGCUGGAUUCCCCCAAAACCCACCUCUAAAACCCCCCGAAAUGAAAAAGAAAAAGGUGUCUUUUUGUUUCAAAGACACGGAUGUUAUUUCUUCGCUCAUCUUCAUUCAGUUUCAGUCUGAACCUUUUCCCGGGCCGUGGGCAAUGCGGUGGGACCGCUGUCAAGUAGGAGAAGGGGCCGGGCUGCUUCCAGACCCCUCACCUGCUCUGCAAUGUUUUACAAUUGUGGUGUUUCCUGUGGUAAAGCCCAAGAGGUGCCUGAUGACCCCGGCAGGCACCCAGCACAGCUCACAGGAGCGUGGGCCCUCGAGGACGAGGCAGACAUUGGGCUAACGGCAGUUGGAAGGAUGCUGAGAACUUCAAACCUCUUGAAUAUUAAAAGCUAAAGUAUUUUAAUAACGUCGGGGUGUGGGGGGAGGGUUCGUUUCGUUCCAGUUUUGCAGGGGGUUGUUUGGGGUUGUUUUGUUUUUUUUCUUCAGUGCCAGAAUUUGUACCUAAACCCUGAGGGUUUGAUGUGGUCUGUUUGGCUGUUACGUGGGAGGUGGACUGAGGUCAGUGGGGAAAUAAUGGGAGUUUUCCUCGCUGUGUCUUUAUACUUGUCAUGGUGACGUGCAGGAGCUGCCUCCUUUCAUGUGGGCUUUGCAGGUUCUCUCCCAUCCCUGGCUCUGGCUGCCCUGGUGGUGAGUGCACGAGUGUGUGUGUGUGUGUGUGUGAGUGUGUGUGAGCAUCCGUGGAUGUAGCAGUGCCAACGUUGAGCCCUAAUGGGUUAAUGUGAGUAAGGGCCCAGAUUUCCUUGUGGAUGGAGCUGCUGCUGCGUGUGCUGGAGGCUGGGGAAGGGCAGAGCCCUGGUGGUACGUCGGGAUGGGUGGGGGCACUUUGUGAAGGGCACCCCGUUACCAUUUGUGCCCCCAAGGCAUCCGCAGCACCACUGGGAAUGGUACGGUGUGGGGAGGUGGGAUGAGGACAAAUGCUUUCUCCAACCUGGGGGAUGUUCGGUCCCUUUGUGUUUUAUGCAUGGAGGAUGGGAGCUGGGGUCCCCCUGGCUGCCCUCCUGCAGUGCUGUGGCAGAGCCUGGACAUGGAACAGGGGGACAGUGUCAGCAAUGAGGGGCUCUGCCCCACCAUUCCGCCUGGUUGUGGAUGGCUGUGGUGCUUCCCAGCCUUUGGGUUUUGCAUGAUCCUCUGUAGCCAUGCCUGGGGACACAGGGGUAGGUGCUGCCCUUCCCCUCUGCCCCCUUUGGCUCCAUCUGAGCCCACCCCUGGGGCUGCAUUCAGAGUGUCCCAGUCACUAAUGUAAGGUCCUGUUGAACUAACUGCUAAUAAAAAUGGGGUUUGCUGGUUUUA